AUGGCGUCCGACCUCCCCUCCUCCCCCUCCUCCCACGCCUCCUCCCCGUCCUCCCACACCUCCUCCCCCUCCUGCCACGCCUUCGACGCCUCCUCCACCUCCACCACGUCCCUCCCCUCCUUCCACAUCACGGUGGCUUCGGUGGAUGAGGUGCGGCUCGCCUUGAGGUUCGCGACGCCCGAGGUGCAGCUGAAGUUCCGACUCGCACCGGACUCCUCCUUGGCGGAGGCUCAUAAGCUGUGGCAGUUGGUGAACGCUCAGGGCGGUGGCGAAGCCGUGCUCAUCAAUCCUGACCGCCUUAGCAACAAGGAGGAGGCCCUUAGGUGCGUCAAGAGCAGGCUGGAGAGGCUACGGCGCUGGAAGCGUCAUCUGGACUGCAAGCACAACAAGGUGCUGGUCCAGGUGUCAAAGCUGGACGAGGUGGUCGACGCAGGUGGACCAGGCGUUCCGCCGGGAUAUCAGCCGCACCGAUACGACGGGCUCCCUGCCUACAUCGACCUCGAGCAGGAUGUUGACAAGAAGGAGAUGAUGGAGCACAUCGAGGCCAUCCGGGCCCUCCUCCUGCAGGGCUCCCCAGAUGGAGGCGACGGGUCCGUGGACGACUGCAAGAAUCGCGAGGCUAAAGAGCAACUCGACAUUGCCCGCUUCAACCUCGCCUACCUGGAGCUGAAAGCCACAGGACUGGAACUCCUGAGAGGUCACCUGGUGGGCGGGAUCGCAGACCUGGAGAAGCGAUUCGUCGACGAGCCUACCCACCUCGGGGCUGGCGACGCUGAGUUUGUCCGUUUUAUUGAGGUCCCAAUGUAUGCAGAUGAGGCGCCACCUCCCCAAGCGAGCCAUGACUUCUGCUGCUGA